CCAGAUGCAGAUGGCUUGACCACUACGUCCUGUUUUUCUGAUAAGCUAGUUUCUUAAUGCUUGACUUCUUGUCAGGCAUUCCUAUCAGGUGGCCUCAUGGCGCCUAGGUUUUUUCAUAACAACAUAUAUGUAUAAGAAUGUCAGAGUGAAAUCCAUUACCUUCAUUUUAACAACAAGAACAAAAACUUAAAUAAAAAAUAACUAGUUCUGCCUCACAUUUUAUUUGUUGGACAUUCCAAAAUCUAGGGGAUUGAUUCCCUCCUUAAUACAGCCGAGGUGCGAAUAUUUACUGGAAUUUUAACGAACUUGUCAUGAUAUUAUUUUCAUUUUUGAAUAAUGUAUAUCUUCGUACAUAAUUCAUAAGCCGGCAUAGCCUUUCAUUCAAAGUUAAAUGCCAAUGCGAACAGGAACGACCUUCUGGGAAAGCAAGACCUGCUUAACACGCCUGUAGACCAGGACCCGCCUUUCCGGCUUUUCUCACUCUCGGGUUGGUGCAAGAAUUGUCACUCAGGGUGGAGCUUCAGUACUGUCCAAUCGGAGGCAUUGUCUUGAGGACUAUCCAAUCGGGCAAAGCGACAGUGCGUAAGGGGUGGGCUUUCAGGUGCUUGGGGCCUUUGUCUCUGACUGGUUAAUUACCGGCCAUCGCGGGAUCUGUGUCUGGAGUUCGAGGAGCUUGUAUCUGUUACCCUGUGACCGGCUGCAGCCAGAGCCCCACGGCGCGGCGCUGUUUGCCUGGAAUCCCGACAUGGGGCUGUUGUCGUUCGAGGACAUAGCUAUGGACUUCACCUGGCAGGAGUGGCAGGAGCUGGAUGCUGCUCAGAGGACCCUCUACAGGGAUGUGAUGCUGGAAAACUACAGCAGCCUGGUGUUUUUGGGGUACUGCAUGACCAAACCUGAGUUGAUCUUCAGGCUGGAGCAUGGAUUUGAGCCAUGGAAGAUAGGAGAAGCCUCACUCUGGAGUCUGCCAGGUGUUCAUAAAGUGUGCUUCCCAUGCGAGAGUGGCCUGGAAAAUCAAGAGGGACAUUUGUGGCGAGUAGGAAUCACCAACAGUACUCUAUCUAAUGAAAAUAUGGUUGAAGCAAAACGAAAGGUUGGACAGGAAAUUCAUCAAGAUGCAAAAUCCUCUGACUAUAAAGCCUGUGCUCAAACACUUAACCAGAAGUUGCAGCAGAACAAGAAUCACACAUACCAUACAAGUGUGAAACCAUAUGAAUGGAAGGAAUGUCUGAAAGCUUUCUAUGAUGAGUCAGUCCUCACUGAACCUCAGAGAAAUCAUACCAAAAAGAGGCUCUAUGAAUGUAAUGAAUGCAAGAAAGCGUUCUACCGCAAGCAUUACCUCACUGUACAUUGGAGAACUCAUACAGGUGAGAGGCCCUAUGAAUGUAAAGUGUGCAAGAGAGGUUUCAAUUACAAGUGCUCCCUCCUUAUACAUGAAAGGAAUCACACAGGUAACAAGCCUUUUGAAUGUGAAGAAUGCAAGAAAGCUUUCUCCUCCAAGUCAGAACUUACUGCACAUUAUAGAAUUCAUACUGGUGAAAAGCCCUAUGAAUGUAAAGAAUGUGGUAAAACUUUUAACUGCAAAUCAACAUUAACUCGACAUCAUAGAAUCCAUACAGGUGAGAGACCCUAUGAAUGUAAAGAUUGCAGGAAGACUUUCUAUUGCAAGUCAUCCCUCACUGUGCAUCAGAAAAUUCAUACAGGUGACAAGUCUUAUAAAUGUGAAGACUGCAAGAAGGCUUUCUAUUCCAAGUCAGGACUCAUUCGACAUCAGAGAAUGCAUACAGGUGAGAAGCCCUAUGAAUGUAAAGAAUGCAGCAAAACAUUCUACUGCAAAUCAAAUUUAGUUACUCAUCGUAGAAUUCACACUGGUGAAAAACCCUAUGGUUGUAAAUAUUGUGAGAAAGCUUUUUACCGAAAGUCACAUCUAACAGUACAUCAGAAAAUUCAUACGGGUGAGAAGCCUUAUGAAUGUGAAGAUUGCAGGAAAACUUUCUCCCGCAAGUCGCAUCUCACAUCACAUCAGAAAACACAUACAGGCAAAAAGCCUUAUGGAUGUGAAGAAUGUGGGAAAGCUUUCUACUCCAAGUCAGCACUCACUCGACAUCAGAGAAUUCAUACAGGUUUUAUGAUCCCUGAAGCUGGACUGUGGUACCUGAUACCUGAACAGGGACCCUGAGUAUGGGAGAGUGAGUGUCUGGACAAUAUUAAACACAAGAACACAGAGUUUUCAGGUAAGGGGACCAUCAAGAGAGGACGGAAUAGUCAGGAGUAAAAGAUGGGAGAGUCAGGCUCUAAGGAGCCUGCUCUCUUUAAAUGCUUUGCUCUAUGCUUCAUGCUCACUCUUGUAAUGUUGCAGUUAAAUGCUUGGAAUGCUUUUUAGGUUUUGUGCAGGAAAUUUGUCCCUGGUUUCCUGAAGAAGGGACUGUUGACUUGGAAAUUUGGGGAAAAGUAGGUUAAAAAUUAAAAGAUGAGUAUGGGGUGUGGGGUCUGCAAUUUUUUCCAGUUGAUGCUUUUGCUUUAUGGAACCUCAUUCAUGAUUGUCUUGAUCCUCAUCAUGAGGUUGACUCACCAUUUUUCUAAACCUGCCUCCCCUGAACAUAGAACAAUAGGUGUUUCACCAAAACCAACAGCACUUUCAGCAGCGGCCCCCUUCCUGUGGUCCCAGUGGUAGCCCCUUAUCCUCAGGAUGGUCUAGAAAUGAAACCUCUGAGUGCCAUGAAGGUGCCUGUGUGUCUGGCUUCUACAGUUCCUGAUCAUAGCCAGUUACCUGAGGAGAGCAUCAGGGACAUUGUGACACCAACGCCUACCUGGCAUACAUGCUGUCAGGACAAUAUAAGUGACACCAACUCUGAUUCUACAGAAGAUACAGCAGAGUCCAGCAGAGGAGACAGCAGUGGCCAUUCAGAGGCAGAGGACAAAAUUUUAAGUUGGAAUCCUCUCAUUUUAUCACCCGUCUUGGAGGACUCUACUGAGAAGACAACAUGGUCUCCUGGCGCUGCUCUAGAUGGACUGUCAGGGAUCCUUCAGCAAGCCCAGGAAACCUUAGGAGGUGUACAGGCUUCUCCGUGUUCUCACUGCAAGCCAGUAACUGUACAAAACAAGCCUGGGAACAAACUGUGUGAAGGACAUUAAUUCAAAUCAGAGAAAAUAAUAAUUUUUUUUGUGGUAGUGAUGUCAUGAAUGCACCUUAAAACGUGUGCCCUUUUAUAUUAUUUAUGCCUUAAAAUUUCCCUUUUCCAUUUCUUCCUUCCUUCUCAAUAGGAAAAAAAUCCAUUUUGUAUUGUUUUCAAUAAUCUGGAGAGUAGAGGAUCAUUCUGUGUUUUCAAAAACUCUUAGUGGCAGUAGGAACUUGUGCCAGACACCAUCUGGUUGCUCAUCAUCUGGGACGGAAUUGCCUCAGGCCAUUUGAAGUUUGCCACCAGUCACAUUCUUAGAUGGAAAACUGUCUUAAUACCAUGUUAGAAGCUUUCUGAGAACAUCUGAAACCAACCACAUUUGUGACCUAAUGUUUAUAAUAGCAGAUAUGCUGAUGAAUUUUAUGAGUUUCUAACUUCCUGUCUGUACCCAGGCACAAGCAAUGUUCAGUCUUCUGGCUAGCCAGUGUUGUGAACAUGGAAGCAUGUAAAGUCUGUUUGGAUUAUUGCAGUAUGCAGAAAGGGAACCAGGGCCCAAAAGAACUACAUUAAUUCAUAAAAUGGUCACCAUGGGCCUCUUUACUAUUUGCAGUGGUGUGUGCAAAGUAAGACUUUUUUUUUCUAAUUUUAUGUGUAUGAGUGUAUUGCCUGCACGUAUGUGAGUGCACCCGUGUCAUACAAUGCCACGGAGGUCAGACGAGGGCUUCAGAUUCCCCUGGAACUGCAAGAGCAGUCAGUGCUCUUAACCACUGAGCCAUCUCUCCAGCCCCCAAAGUAAGACUUUUAAAGUGAUGGCUUGAAAAUAAGAUGUUACACGUAUUAAGAAGAAAGAGGAAGGCUGAAGUGAUGUCUCAGCAGAAGUUCUUCAGUCUAUUCCCUGGGAUCGUGCUCAUAGUGUUAUACCACCUGAAGAUUGCCCUUUUUGUCACUUCCAUCAUGGGCGAUAUCCUGGAAGAUGUGAGUGAGCAUGUGUUGGUCAGCCUUCUGCUACUAUAGCAAAAUAUCUGAGACAAUGAACUGAUAGGGAGAAAAGGUUGUUUUGGCUCACAGUUUUAAAGGUUCUGGUCCAUGAUCAAAUGGACCUAUUGCUUUGGGCCUGUGGUGAGGAAGCCUGGCAUGGUGGGCAUGCAUGGUGGAACAAAGCAGCUUAUAAGCCAGGGUGAAAGGGGAGGAAGAGGAAUGGGCAGGGUUUGCCAGUCCUCUCCAAGGGAUGCCCUGAUGACCUUGGAUGGUGUACCCUUUUGGAGAAACAGAAAAUUAUUCUCUUUAUGUGGAAUCAAGCAAUUCCGUGAUGUUUUUUUUUUAAUAUUUAGUUUUCCAGAGAUUACAGUAGAAGAGAAUAAGAUACUGUACUAAUCAACUCUCUAUAUAAAUGUGUUAUUCCCUUACAUAUAUCUGUGUGUUUUAUAAAUAGAACUGUUAGUGAGAGUGAGCUGUUUUGAGCUGGGCCAUUAUGCAAGAUUACUCCCAAUAGAAUAUAGUGAAUAUAAUUUCAGAGUUGGGCCGUAGGGCUCCUGUAGAAGCAAGUUCUACGAUCCCAGUGUCUUGUAGUAUACAAGAUUUGCAGUUCGUUUUGGAGGGGUUAGCUGCAUCCCUUAUUUCUGUUACUAACAAAGGACAAAGGCUUAGUACACAGAAUAUGAAAACUUUUCUGUUUUGCCAGUCAAGUUACAACAAACUGUCAUAGACAGUUUUAGAAACAUGUCUGUGGGCAGGCAUUCAUUGUGACUUGUGAAACAGGUGUGAGCCUUAGGUCAGAAACUGCUUUUAAAGAUUGGAUUUGACUAUGGGACUUUCACAAGGAAAAUUACUUUAUCUUUAGGGCAAUCUCAUUGUGGACUGCUUUAUUUAUGUAAUUAGUAACACUGUUUUAAGUGUUAUCAUUUUGUCUUUUAUUUAUAAAAAUGCCUUUAUAUAUUGAUAUAUAAAUAUAAAUAUAAAAAAAGAUGUUCAGCUCUCUGUUCCCCCAGAAAAGGAUGUAAAAUCCAAUAAAAUAGAGGCUUCCUUUGAGUCACUUUCACUAACUGCAUUCUGAGGAUGAGGAAGAACCCCUCAUUUUGUGGGAACAGGUAAAAAUGAAAACCUUUCAUUUUUUUGCAGCCGCAGUCACUGAGCCUCUGUAAUAAAAAAAUAGACUCAGCCUUCUACAGAUGGCAGCUCUUUUAAGAUCUGGAAAGGAAUGUUGCUUUCACUUUUGCAGAAAGCCUUGCUAAAGGCUUGGGAGAAAGGGGAGGAUAUUUCAGGCUUUACUUGUUACCCUGUCAUUCAGCAAAGAGAUGCCCAAGGCCAGCAGCAAAGAGUGUAUCAAUCUAUUCCUUUCAAAAUCAUAAAGGAAUUAAAGCAGGCCAUGGGUCAGUAUGGACCAACGGCACCUUUUACUAUUACUUUAUUAGACUCACUGGCUGCUGAUGCUUUGCCUCCCUCAGAUUGGCAUAAUUUUGCCAGAGUUUGCCUCUCAAGAGGGAGACUUUUUAUUAUGGAAAAGUAAAUAUGUUGAAUGAGGUGUGGAACAGGCAGAGGACAAUCGGACAAAUAAUUUAGAAGUCACUACUACUGAUGUACUGACUAGAAAUGGACCUCAUCAUGGAGUUAACAAUCAAUUAAAUUACUCUCUGUAUUCUUAGCAACAGAUUAACAUUAUUGCUAUGCAGGCUUUGCAGUGUUUGCUCAUUACCAGGAAAAAAACUGAGGACUCAAUGUCUCACUUUCAAUGGAAAGUCCUGCCUCAAGAAAUAGCUAAUAAUAGUCCUACUUAAUGUCAGAAAUAUAUUUCUGCUAAUCUUGCUCCCUUAUCCAACACUUUUCCUCAUGUAAUGCUUAUAUACUAUAUAGAUGAUCUUUUGCUUGCUUUUGAA